CACAACGUAGCAAACGCGUCUGGUUAGUAUGCUCACCUCGUUGGCGUCGUCUAAUCGUAUUUUUAGCGUAUGCUAUGGACUUGACGGCUUCUGUUUUUGAAGCAACUAACCUUUAGAGCCAGGGACCCAAGUUUACCAAGUGUAAAACACGUUGUACUGAGAGUAGACCCACGUAGGUGCACUCUUCACAUCGAGCACUGCGUGCAGUGAGAACCAUUCAAUGCAAAUGAAUCGUACGGCGGAAGCCGGUCACGAUGAGAUCUGGCCACGUGUCAUUUGCAAGACAUGCAAGAAGCUUCGUCGAAUCCCUCCUGAGGAAUUCUUAAAACUCGCAGACACGGGUAAAGAACCCGACUGGUCCUGCCACCUGGCAGAGCCCUAUAGGCCGGGAGCCAGGUGCCUGGAUCCGGAGGAGAAGAAGACGGAGGCGGAAAAGGCUAAGCCGUUCGAACCCGACGGAUUCUGGUGGAUGUCGAAAUUUCGAGGGGAUAUUUACUACAUAACCCCCGAAAAGAAGAAACUGUAUUCUCCUAGCCAGCUAAAAGCGUACUUAGAGGAGUACAACCGGAAUCGUCGGAAUCCUCUCACUCUGGAGGACUUCUGCAUCAGUAAGCCUAAGUGGAGGGAGGUGCACGGAUGCGCGGAUGGGGGAGUGAAACGUCCUGGUGCGGCAGGUGUCAGAUUCAUGUCCGCUGGGGGAAAAGCGGCGUCUGCUGUCGCUCCCGCUUCUGCUGCUACUGCUGCUGCUGCUCGGGCGAUUAGUCCUGUUGGUGCUGCUGGUGCUCGGUCGAUUAGUCCUGCUGCUGUUGCUGGUGGCGGCAGCGGUGGGUUGUCCUCCAAGCACGAGCUUGUGAGGAUCGGCGCAUCCUCGGUGGCGGCCAACGCUGUGCCGCUGGGUCGCUCGGGCUCGUACAAGGCCGUACCUCUGGCGAUCCCUGCAGGCAGCAAGGGGGGUGUGGGCGCAGUAGGGGGGGAGAGGGGCAAGGAAGGGGGGGAGAGGAGCAAAGGAGGAGGGGAAAGAGGCAAAGAAGGGGGAGCAGGAGCGGGGGUGGCAAAAGGAGGAGGAGGCGGCGCUGGAAUUGCAGGCGCAGCAGGUGCUGGGGCUGGAGUGAGGAAAGAAGGGGGACUGGACCUGACAGGCAGGGGAAGUGAGAAGAAGGGAGAGGGGGUCAGGAUGGGCGCUGGAGGAAGGGGGGGGGUAGCUGAAGGUUUAGAAAGAAGCUGUGAGCGGGUGGGCAAUGAAAGAGUGGGUGGUGAGAGGGUUGGUGCUGGUGGUGGUGGUGGUGGUGCUGCUGCUAGUGGUAGUAGUCAUCAUAGUGUUUCUGGUAACCGCAGUGCAUCUGGUAACAGUAACCCUGUUGUUGACGACGACGACGAUGAUGCAGCAGUGCGUGUCCCUGAUGCGGUUACUGAUUUCCGGCUAGAAACCUACACCGAGGAGCCUUUUCCUCUCUACAGGCUGCCUUUUUAUAAGUCGGGGAAGCUUGCACUGCUCAAGGAGAAGGUAUAUUUGCGUGGGAAGGAUGCGAAUGGCGGGGCGACUGUGUUUGUGGAUGUAAUGGCUUGGCGGGUAGUGGUGAAGGUGGAUGUGGUGAAGGUGCAGCUGCAGGCUCGGCAAGGCAAGAAAUGGAUUGAAGUGCAGAAGCCGAGCCUGGGUUACACGUCUGGGAAGUUAGGUUCGGAGUUUGGCUGGGCACAGUGCUGCAUGCGGUUCCAUCCUAAUUGGUCAGAAGGUGAGGUGAAGCAGUUUUUGCGGUCACAUAAUGUUGAUGUGGAGCGUCUUGUAAGGAGGGUGGAUUUGCUCGAAGAUUUUAUUCAGGGUGAUUUGGAUUUUAAGCGAUCUAGUCUGUGGAGGUUUCUUGAGAGGGAGAGGCGGGGGGGGGGUGAGCUAGAGCGAGGAGUGGUGAGAGAGAGGGAGAGAGAGAAAGAGAGGACGAAGGGCGGUGAGGCAGAGAAACGGUGGAGGGACAAGGAGAGAGAAAUAGGGAGGGGGAGGGAGAAGGAAGAUAUUAGAAGUGAGGGAGGAAGUGAGCGAGGUAGAGACAGGGCUCAGGUGCGUGAUAAGAUUCUCGAGGAUCUGGGGUAUCCAGUCAGGAGGACAGGAUUGGGAAAAACAGGCACGUUGAGAAAAAAGGUCCGAGUGGCUAGAUUUGAAGAGCUCGAGGAGGAAGAGGAGGAGGAGUUGGACCGGAAGUUCAUUGUUUCGGAUGACGAGGAUGGGAUGGAUAUGGGUGGAAGAGGAGUAAGGGGAGGAGGAAGGGGGGGAAGAAGGGGAGGAGGAGGGACAGGAGGAGAGCGGAGGGACAAACUGUGGGGGGAAGGAGCAGAGGAAGCGGAUGACGAGGGCUUGUACGAGGCGGAGGAGGGGGAGGAGGAGGAUGCACAAGUAGCAGGGUGGGACAGCGUGUGCUACAUCUGCGACGACGGCGGCGACCUGGUGUGCUGCGACGGGCCGUGCAUGCGGUCGUUCCACGUGGAGCCGGACGACGAGGAGGAGAAGAAAAGGGACAAGUUUCACUGCCCCACCAUCGGGCUCACGGAUGGCGAGGUGCAUGAGAAGGAGACCUGGCUGUGCCCGAAUUGUGAGGCCAAGCAGCACGUGUGCUUCAUCUGCCACCAGCUGGGCUCCUCGGAGCCAAAUUCGGAGCCGAAUUCGGAUCCAGACUCAACAGCAGCAGGUGGGAGCGAGGGGAAGCAGCAGGAGGUGUUCAUGUGUGACGUGGCGCUCUGUGGGCACUUCUACCACCCGACAUGUGUCGCGUCGUGGCUGGCCGAUGCAAAGAAGCUGCCCCCAGGCAGCGAGGAGCGAAUCCAGGAGCUGGAAACCGUCGCUGAGGGCAUCCGGGCAGGCUCGGGAAUGUUCUUCUGCCCGCUGCACAAGUGUGCCAAGUGCCACACGGAGGAAAAGGACCGAGAUGCGUUAAAACUCGUGCCGUGCCGCCGCUGCCCAAAAUCCUACCACGUAAAAUGCCUCCCGCCAGAUUUGAGCCUAGAUGGGAGUGACCCUAGCAACCCGCAGAGGGUUUGGGGUGUAGGGGAUGGUUUUGCCGAGAGCCUCAUGUACUGCACCCGGCAUUCCCUGGACCCUUUUCUUGGCACCGCUGCCCGCGGGCACCAUAAAUUUCCGGAUGUGAGGAGGACGAGGGGAGUGAAAAAGACGGGGUGGUUUGCGGAUUUGGAGGAGGGGGAGGAGGAAGAGGGGAGGGUUGGUAGGAGGGUGAAGAAGAGGAGAAUGAUUGUGGAUGAAGAGGGGGAGGAGGAAGAGGAGGAGGGGGAGGAGGAAGAAGGGAUGGAGGUAGAAGGAUUGGGGAUUGGAAGCAAAGCUGGUUUGGGUGAGCAGGCAGUGGCCGGUGCAGCUGCAUCUGCCAGAGCAGCAGCAUCGGAAGCUGCUGCUGCAGGAGCGGCAGACCUGUUAGAGCCACAUAGGGCGAUGGGCUCAGCCGAGAAGGCAGGAACUGCAGCGGCAACAGCAGCAGUAGGAGGAGGAGCAGCAGGAGCAGCAGCAGCAGGAGGAGCAGGAAGAGAAGUAGCAGGCGCGAAGGGGAGGGGGAGGAAGAGGGCGUUGAUGGAGAGGGAGAGGGAGGAGAGGGAUGCGGCGCUGAGGGCGAUGGAGAGCAUCGGAGGGAUUCAGAGCAGGAAGGGCGGGGUCACGCACAAGGAGAUGGCCCAGACGUGGACCAAAGGGAAAGCCCCGCGGCACAUGUUCCAGUACCCCUGCGACCUCGACGCUUCCCGGUCUCGCCUGAGCAGCAUAUUCGCCAGUGCAGCCAAGGAGGUCACAGAGCAGACAGUCAAGGCCGCCCUUGCUGUCCCCCGCAUGUACCAGCACAGCCACAACAUGACCUCCAACGGCGACACGGGCGGCGGUACGGGCGGCAACAACAACAACCAGGGCGGCAACCCCCGGAAGAUCCCGCUGAGCAAGCUCGAGUCGAUCCUGCACGCAGGGGAGAAGGCGCGGAAUUUCUUGGCAAAGGAGGUGGAGCAAGCAGGCGUUGUGUCUGAGGAGGCUCAGCAGCAGGCGCAGCGGCUCUGCCCCCCCCUGCAGCUGCAGCAGCUGGGGGGAAUCGGCGAGGCUCUGCGGGUAUACCUCUCGCCGUAUGUUCACGGGCAGCGGUACACGUCGUAUGGGCGGCAUUUCACGCUGCCCGAGAAGCUAAACGAGGUAGUGGAGAGGCUGGCGCCUUAUAUGGAGGAUGGGGAUGUGCUGGUGGAUUUCUGCUGCGGGGCGAACCAUUUCUCGCUGAUUGCGAGGCACCGCCUGGAGGAGGCACGGAAGCGGUGUGGGUUUGCCAACUUUGACAUCUUGCGGCCGCCGAACGAGUUCUGCUUCUCCAAGCGCGACUGGUUCUCCGUGCCGAGAAACCAGCUCCCAGACAGCAAUCAGCUUAUCAUGGGCCUCAACCCGCCCUUCGGCGUGCGAGCUGCGCUUGCUUCGUCGUUUGCAAGGCGUAGCGCCGCCGUCUUUCAACCGAAGCUCAUUAUACUCAUUGUGCCUCAAGAAACACGAAGUCUGGAGCCGCUGGGGUACACGUUGCUGUGGAAGGACGAGAGAUUGUUCGAGCAUCGCGCGUUCUACCUGCCAGGGUCGCAUGAUAGGGACAACAGGACGAUGAAUCAGUGGAAUAAGAACGCCCCGCCCUUGUUCCUCUGGUGCCGCAACGACCUCGUCAAGCGCUACCGCCCUUUGGCUAACAUGCUGGGACACACAAGGGGCGUCUUCCCUGCUCCCCGCCCCAUGCCCCCCUCGUUGCUUUCGGAGCUCAACCUCGCCACCUCCAUCUCCACCACAGGUAGAAAGGUGGGCGGAGUCAAGCGGGUUCGGAAGGGGGAGGUGGAGCAGAUGAAUGAGGAAAGGCAUGUUAAGGUGAAAAGUGAAUGCGCUAAUAUGGGGGAUAAAGGCGUGGGAUUGGCGACUGGUGAGUCGGCUCAGAAGUCGAAGAUGGAGUUAGGGAUGGAGAAGAGGGGUCAGGAGAGAGAGGAGAAAGAUAAGGGGAAGGAGAAGGAGAAGGGGAAGGAGAAAGAGAAGGGGAGGGAGAAAGAGGAGAGGGAGAAGGAGAAGGAGAAGGAUGGGGAGAAGAGGAAGGAGAAGGAGAAGGAGAAAGAUAAGGGGAGGGAGAGAGAGGAGAGGGAGAAGGAGAAGGAGAGGGACACGGGGAAGGAGAAGGAGAGGGAGUCGCAAAGGGAUGGGAGGGAAGGUCUUGGAGAAGUGAGAGGGGAGAAGGACGCAAGGCGAGAGAGGAAGGGGGGGAAAGAUGAAAAGGAUGCGAAGAAGGUGGAUGGGAAGGAAGGGGGAGGCAAACGAGAGAAUAAUGAUCGGCUGUCAAGUAGAGAGGGGAAGCACAGCACGGGAGAAAGGUCCCCUUUGGGUGGGAGAGGUGAUGGAGGAGCAGAGCGGGAGAGGCAGAGGGAGGGGAUGAGAAAGGAAGAGUGGGCGGAACUGCAGCGGCAAAGAGGGGAAGCUUUUGAGUCGAGUCAAUGGCAGAACGAGCGGAUGAGGAUGGAGGAAUCAGCGAAAUUGCGUCUCCACAGAGAGGACGCACUGAGGCGUGAGGGAGAGUGGAGAAGAGAGGAGGAGCGAAGGAGGGAGGGAGAGUGGAGGAGGGAGGAGGAGAGGCAUUUGCAUGGAGGAGAGAGGGGCAGGCACGAGCAGGGGGGGUAUUCCCAACCAAGUUAUGAUGAUGGGCUCGAAAGGGGCGUGCAUGAUGCAAGGGGCGUGCAUGAUGCAAGGGGCGUGCAUGAUGCAAGGGGCGUGCAUGAUGCCAGGGGCCGUGAAAGAGGCUUUGAGGGGGGUGCAGGAAGGGAGGGGGGGUAUGAGGAGCGAGAGGGUGCGAGGAGAGGAGAGGAGAUGUGGGGUGCGAUGGGCGAGAGAGAUUACACAUUGAGGGAAGAGAGGAAGUACAGGGAGAGGAACGAAAGGGUUUACCGAGAGAGGGUUGAGAUGGAGGAGGGCAGGCUUGCAGCCGAAGCAGGAGCAGCAGCAGCAGGAGGAGGAGGAGGGGAAAGAGGAGUUGAAUCCGGCGCGCCAGCACCCCACUCUCAGCCAUUCCUCAGCCCUCAGAUGCAGUCGCUUCCCCCACAUGCCCUCCCUCCCACUUCCCCUCUCACUCCCCCUCCCCCUCCCCCUUCCCCUCUCCCCCCUCCUCCGCCGUUUCCCGUCAUUCUCGACUUGACCCAAGGGCCGCACCCUCCCAUGUUCAUCAACUCGCAAUCAGCGCCCAUCCCCAUCUCGUUUGGCCGCCCCUUAGGCCACAUCAUGCAGGGGAGCGCGCUGCCAGCUGUUCCUCCUGGGUUCGGGCCGGACGAAGAUGGCGGCUCGAGGCAGGAGCAAUUCUCUCAGCAGGGUUUGCACCCUAACAUGGGACCUGCUGUACUUGUUAGUGGCUCAGGCCGCAUCCUUAGAGGAGCAGAUGACGUGGAGAAUUUCCUACGCAACGCAGAGAGGCUGGAGGCAGGAGCAAACGCAGCAGCAACAGCAGCAGCAGAAGGGGGGCCUGAAACAGCCAGCAAUGUGUUCUCACCAGCCCCGGCCAUGUUAAGGCCGCAGUCAGCAGCAGGCGCACCACCUCAGGGGGUUGCAGCGAGGGAAGAUCUGAGCAGCUUUCUUCGAAACGCAGAGAGGCUUGAAGCACAGUUCUCAUCGCCUGCACCUCAUGCCAUCAUGCGUGGAGAUACACGUGGAGGCAUGCAUGGUGACACGGAUGGGGAGAUGCUUGGAGACAUGCAUGGGGAGCUGUAUGGGGGGAUGCAUGGGACCACACGUGGGGACAUGCGCGGUGACAUUGGGCGGAGCAUGGGUGGCCUACAAGGGGAGCUUCAAGACAACAUAAGGAGCGCUUCCAUGGGGCCAACGGGGCCGGUGAUCCGCAUGCGAAUUCUGCCUUUCAACCCUCAUGGCCCCCCGCCACCGCUUGGGACUCUCCGUGGGCGCAUUCCUCCGGGCUUUGACGACGGACCGCCGUUUCCGGAGCAGCAUUUCGGGGCGAGACUGCCUCAUAUGCAGCAGCAGCAUCUGCAGCAGCAACAGCCGAUGGAGCCUCAUACGAACAUUGCGCCCGUGACUAUGCGAAUGGUUGGCGAGCACCGCGUGAUGGUCGUCGCGGAUUCGCCUGCACCCCCUACUGUGGACUCCAUGGGGCCGCCUCCGCCUCCGAACAUGCUGCCUGAAAUGCAGGGGGGCAGGCCUACAUUCUUCUCUCAGCAGCAGCAGAUGUUGCCACAGCACAUGGGAGAUGGUGUCCGGAUUAAUGAAUUGCACACUCAGAGGUUUCUGGGGCCCCAAGUGUUCGACGGCCCACCUAACGCUCGACUUCCGCAUAAUGAAAGGUUUCAUCCCCAGGGCGUUAGAGGAGAAUUCUUUCAUCUUCAACGAGGACCACAAGGCCCUCCACCACAUGCCCCCCCGUUUGACCCACUACCGUUUCGCAAUCAAUAUGGGCCCAGGGGCCCUUACCGUGGCUUCCCCGUGAGUGAUCGAGGGGGGAUGGAGGAACCCCUGCCGUUUGUCAUUCGAGGUCCGUUUGAAGAUGCAGGUGGGCCGAAUACUGGGGGCUGGCUGGAUGAGUAAUGCAGUUGGUCGUCUUCGAAGUGAGAUGUUAUUUGUGAAACGCACAGGUGAUUGUUGCUCCGUGCCUAAGGGUUCGAACCGUCAUUGACAUUAAGGAAGCUUAGCAUUUUCUUUCGGAAGAGAAAGCCUGAUAGGUGAGACUACCUUAAUAUGGCGGUUUUCUUGGUUGCGGGUGCUUGUUCAAUACCUUGUUUUUAACUAGGAGUAAAGUUCAAAGUUCUAU